UAUCUGAAGGCGAUCCACUUUUAUCUUAAACGUGUGGGAUUCCUGUGUAUUAAGCCGCUGGAUUACUUGUGCCCGCGUAAUGAAAAUGAUGGUGGAACGAGCUCUUACAAAUAUUCCGCAAGGUUAUGCUGCUGCAGUGGAAAAUGUAAAUACAAUACCACAAGAUAUUUUGGCAGAAGUGUGCCAAGAUGUGGCUUUGUUUCUUCAAUACAAGAUAACUCAGAUACCUUUGGAUCGCUACAAAAAGAAACUCCAAGAGAUGGAACUACAAUGUGACCCCAAAACAGUUUUUAAUGUAAUAAGUUAUGUUUUUAGAUCGGCAGGGAAAAAAAAUUGUUCAGUAGAUCAGCUGAUAUCUGAGUUGAACUCUUCUAUGCUUUGGAGUGUGUCAUCAUUAGCUGUCAUAAAGCGUAUCUGGACUGAACAGGGCAAGUUCAUCUGCAGUCCUGAUCUGGCCAAAACAUUAAACGUCGGACAAUUGGUGGACAUGGGAUGGAAGCUGAGUAUGGGCAUGAGUUCCAGUUCUUGUCGUAGUCUCAAUGCUCCUUUCAUCACAGCUGCCAUUACGGUAGCCAGCCCAUCCGGCGAUCUUACUACCAAGUCUCUGGAGAUGACUAUCCUUGAAUUUAAGAAGUUCUCAAGUCAUUUGAGGGAGAUAGCUUCAGUUCUUGAGACAGUGUGAUUGGUCCUUCACUGUCAGGAAAUACAAGAAAAAAUGUCGUUGAGAAUGUGCAUAUCCAUAGACUUGAUUUAGAUUAAGAAUGUGGAGAAUUCGGUAUGGUAGAGCAAAGCGUUCUUCACAAUGGACUCCACUGUACUGGUUCACCGAUCCAAUUACGUGUACUGUAUAUACAUUUUCACAGGCAGGAAAAAUAUGUGUGAUGAUACUAAAUUCACUAUAAAAGUUUAAUUUAAAUUGGCCGUAAGUUUGGCAUCUCUCUGUAAUCGAUUAAAAAUAGGUGAAGUUGAAUUUAGGUAUUUUUUCAAAGUUCAUCAUCUAACCUCCUUCUUUUGUAGCUGGACUAACAUUCAGUACGGUCUUGAAUGGAUUUGGUGAUAGUCAUAAGCUGUAUUAGCAACCUUUGUUCGAAUGAUUGGCAUGACCCUUCCCGCCAAAAAGUAAUAUUGGUCAUGUAUGUUUAGCUGCGAACCAUGAGUCGAAUCUACUCUUGGACGCCAAAACAUUCGUGACCCCGAAAUUAAAGGUCGUUACCGACGAAACCAGGUAGCCUGCUGGUAUUUUAAAUUUACAUUGGCGUUCUCCCACUAUUGGCACACGCUAACAUUCAACUAAAUUUUAUCCAACUUAAUUCAACACAUUUCGCGAACAAGUGACCUUGCUGUAUACCUUCUGUUCUGUGAUGACGCAAGAACCUAUCGGCUGUCAACCAAUCACAGGCAACCACAACUUGGUGAACUCGGCAACCAGGGCCCGGAAAAGGAAUUUCGGAAGAGGUUCCUAACACCAAGUUCUGGCAUACGCACCUGAAUGUUAUUUUAGGCGCAGUUCGCAGCGAAGCUUUUGUAAUACAUGUAGAACUAGAUGCAAAGCUUUACAAAUAAUGGUCGUUAUAAAUAGAGCUUUGGAUCUAGGUAAAGUUCAGUCUUAAUAAAUAAAUACAGCUACUCCCCCAGAUCGUAGUUGGGAUCUCUACGACAACUUGUAUUAAUAAAACCACGACAUAUGACAUAUGUAUUAAUAAAACCACUUCAUUUCGCA